GCUGUUCCUGAGGUGGAGAAACUAAUCCACUCUGAGAUCUCCAAUAUAUUGGGACUAACCUCUUUCUCUCCAUAACUACGGAGUACUAAGAAAUAAUAAAGUACCUGGGUCAAAAACUGACUCGACCUCAAUCUCGAACAUCCUCCAAGAAGUUCUUGCCUUUUUCAUUCUUAUAUUGACUAUCAUUAUUGACUAUCAUUAUUGUCUUGUCUUUUGGCCGUUUCUGUAUUCUUUUUGGAAUGGUUACUUGCUUUCGCAGGUAAUAAUGGCUUCUCCCGACGGCGCUACUCGCCCUUCGUUCAAUGCGGAUCAGCCGGAUUCCCAAUCUCAGUUACUCCAACCCGACUCGACCUUGACAGUCGCACAGUCAAUUAAGUUGACAUUGGGUAGCGAUGCGCUUGUUAUUGCUGACGAUCGCUCCACGCGUAAACCGGACCGCGGCUGCUGCGGAUUCCUGUCAAAAUCGAAGAUCAAAGACACUCAAUCUAUCGCAUUGUACAACAUCCUUCAUGCAGAAGUUUCCUCUGCAGGUCUGACUAUUACAUAUGCGGACCCUGUAACCAAGCACGAUGUUACCGUUGGUGCCUUGCAAUACACCAUUGCCGAGGGAGACAAAGCAAAAGCCGAAGCAUUCGCAGCCAGGUUACUCGAUCUGGCGUACGGUAACGCCAAGCGCUACAAAAGAUUCAAGGUCCUGAUCAACCCGUUCGGUGGGAAGGGGAUCGCCUCGCGACUGUAUCAUCAAUAUGCGGCGCCGAUCCUUGCUGCUGCGCGUUGCGUAGUGGAAGUAGAAGAAACAACGCAUGGGGGACAUGCCACCGAGAUAGCGGAACGGAUUGAUAUAGACGCAUACGAUGCAAUUGUAUGCUGCUCUGGUGAUGGAUUGCCUUACGAGGUCUUCAAUGGUCUGGCCAAGAAACCCAAUGCUCGUGAGGCGCUAUCUAAGCUCGCUGUCGCCAUGAUACCUGGUGGUUCGGGGAACGCCAUGGCUUGGAAUCUUUGCGGGACAGGUAGUGCCUCUGUUGCUGCGCUGGCUAUUGUCAAAGGAGUAAGGACUCCCAUGGAUCUGGUCUCCAUCACGCAGGGCAAAACUCGAACCCUGUCGUUCCUGUCGCAAUCUUUCGGUAUCGUCGCAGAAUCCGACUUAGGAACCGAUAAUAUCCGCUGGAUGGGUGCCCACCGCUUCACCUACGGUUUCUUGGUCCGUCUCAUGCAGCGCACAGUGUGGCCAUGUGACCUAGCGGUGAAAGUGGAGAUCGAUGACAAGAACGCGAUAAAGGAGCAUUACAGAAAGUACGCGGCCGGAGAACCUCCCCGCCGCCCCUCUGCAGACUCCGUCGCCGGAUCGGGAGGGCUCCCCGACUUGAAGUACGGCACGGUCUUGGAUGAGCUCCCGCAGGACUGGGAAGUCGUCCCCGGUGAGAACAUGGGCAAUUUCUACGCGGGCAAUAUGGCCAUUAUGUCCGCAGACACGAACUUCUUUCCGGCCUCUCUGCCGAAUGACGGUCUGAUUGAUGUUAUCACAAUUGAUGGGACCAUCAGCCGCCUCACAUCGCUCAAAAUGAUGACAGAGAUCCCUGAGGGAGGGUUUUUUGAUAUGCCGGAUGUUAAGAUUCGUAAGGCUUCGGCAUAUCGACUCACUCCCCGGGAGAAAGAAGGCUACAUCAGUGUCGAUGGUGAACGUGUACCUUUUGAGCCGUUCCAAGUCGAAGUUCACCGUGGUCUAGGUACGGUGUUGUCGAAGUCCGGGCACCUUUAUGAGGCCGAGGGCCCUCGGCCAUGAUUACGAGUUUUAUGGUCGAUGCCACCAUUCAUUUGCUCGUACAUGCAUUGUUAUUCGCCGGUCUCUGUACCACAAAAUGAUACCCUCGCGCAAGACUUAUAUAUAUUUUUUCUUUCCCCACCCCCCUUUUGUUAUGAUGUGGCUUUGCUGCAGGUGAUAUUUCCGCAAGGCUGGCGGGCAGCGGUCAUUGCCGUGUAUACAUAGUGGGCUAGAUCAGACCAGGAACUGAUGGAUUUUGACUGUACAAAGAUUGAUAUAGAUAAUAAGAGUCGGCUAGACGC